AAUAUUGAUGUUUUUUUGACUUCGUAAUCAAUAUUGAAUCUGUUUUUAAUUACCUUUUUGAUACAGGUAUGGAAUGAUUUUUGUGCCGUUUACAGCCAUUGAUAACCACAAACGUUCAAUAAACAUUGGGGCAGGUUUGUUAAGCAACGAGUCAAUAGAAUCUUAUCGUUGGUUGCUCGAAGCUUUUUUGAAAGCACAUGUAAAACACCCUCAAUUAGUGUUAACAGACCGAGAUCCAGCAAUUCUAUAGGCCGUUGAAGCAAUAUUUCCUAAUUCUAAUCAUCGUUUAUGUAUGUGGCACAUUAUGAAAAAACUACAAGCCAAGGUUUCAGCCGAUUUUUUGAAAAACACUGAUUUUCGCAAGCGUUUUACAAAGCUUGUUUGGAAUGUCUAUAUCGAGCCUGAAGUGUUUGAAUCAAGGUGGAAACUGCUUAUGAGAAAAUUCAAACUACAGGACAAAAGAUGGUUCAAAGACAUGUACAGGGAUCGAAAACUUUGGAUUCCAGCCUAUUUUAAAGACAUGCCACUACACGGUCUGAUGAAAACUACUUCAAGGUCUGAAAGCGUGAACUCAUUCUUUAAUAAAUACUCUAACUCUGGUAAUUUGCUUAUCUAUUUCAUGAUGAACUACGACACCGCAAUUGGAAAGCAACGAAAUGCUCAACAGAAACUAGAACAUGAUACAAAAAAUGCAAAGCAUGAAAUGACGCUUCCAAGUGGCUUACUAGAACAUGCAGCUGCGGUUUACACAAAAAAAAAAUUUCUAUGAGGUCAAAAAGGAAAUAUUUAAAGCAGCCUGGUACUGUUCUAUCGACAGUGUUGAAAAGAUUGAUGGGUGGCAAGUUGUUAUGAUUACACAAACGGAUAAGAGCAAACAGUUGAAGAUAAAAUGCAAGGUUGAACUAAAGUUGCCUGAAAAAGAAGUUAAAUGUUCAUGCAAUCACUUCAUACGUACUGGCAUUUUGUGUCGUCAUAUUUUUGCUGUAUUGAAAAACAACCAUAUUGAAGAGAUUCCAGAGCAGUAUAUUCUAAAAAGAUGGAGAAGGGAUGCAAUUUCCAGCCAUUUGUUUGCCAUGAAACAUGUUGCCAUGGAAAUAGAAGAUGACACCUUUAAACUUUUAACAGAGGCAUACAACAAUAUUGAAUACUGUUUGGAUCAUUUCAAAAGAAGAAAAGAGAAAUUGUUGGAGUUUGUUGAAAAAACACGUACGUUGAAGCAGGCAGCAAUGGAGUUUGCCAGUUCCAACUAA